CAGGUGUACCACCCGAAGAACGCGAUGGACCAUUAUCUUCUGCUGGUACACAGGUGAAGAGGUGAGGUGGUCGGCGGCUGGCCAUGAGCCGCAGCCGCGGACCAAUCAGACUGAAGCCGCUGCCCGUUGCUGCCGCCCCACAGCUGCUGCUACUGCUGCCGCUGCUACUGCUCGCCUGCCACUGUCAGCAGCUACUUGCCGCAUUGCCACUGUCCCCCCCGCCCACCACCAACCCCGAUCCACCCUCACCACCGCCAAAAUGGUAGCUGUUGCCACCAGGCCUGAUAAAAUGGCAAUGUACAAAGUGGCGCCCAAUGUGGGGCCAUUUGACCACAAAUCAGCACCCAAUGUGGGACCAUUUGACCACAAAUUAGCAACCAAUGUGGGACCAUUUGAUCAUAAUAUGGCUCCCAAUGUGGGACCACUCGACCAAAAAAUGGGACCAUCCGACCCCAACAUCACCAUUAUAGACAACCUGGACACUACACCUGUUAACACCACCAAAGUGUCUCCAAACACCAAGAGGCAACCCAUUGACCUCACUGUUGGCUACCUGACAGCAAUCAAGGGUGAUGUCAAGGAUCGCCAAGGGCUGGCUGUGUCUGGAGCCCUUACCAUGGCCUUGAAAGAGGUUAAUGACUCACCAGACCUGUUGCCAGAUGUUCGUCUAGUCCUGCGCUGGAACGACACAAAGGGUGACACAGUGCAAACCACCCGCGCCAUGACAGACAUGAUCUGUGAUGGAGUGGCCGCCUUCUUCGGGCCAGAGGCAUCCUGCUAUGUUGAGGCCAUCAUUUCGCAUGCCCGAAACAUACCUAUGAUUAGUUAU